ACAUGUCUUAUAUUAUAUGUAGUACUGAGGUCGUUGUGAGUGAUAUCCAACGGAAAUAGAAAUACGGUUAUAUUAAUAGCAACAAAUACCUUCUAUACAGACAUAUAAUCGUGUAUUCUACAUAAAUAUACCACCAUGGCAGUGUCAAGACAAAGCCAGAUAGACGCUGUCGAAUUAGACUCAGAAUGUUACCAACUUUUCCAAACACAGCUAAACCAGUCUUUUACACAUUUACCGAUAAACAUCCUAAAGAGAAUUGAACCAGAGAUUUCAGCAUUGCUGAACCUUGCUGUUUAUGUGGUCCCCCUUUAUACAACUUCUAGGCUUGUGAGCCAUAAGCUAUUGGGCAUUGAAUAUAGUGAAAAAACAGCUAGUCCACUAUUACAAAAUAAAUGGUAUGCUUACAGCUUUGCCAUAGUUGGAAUGAAGUGGAUAUCCCAAAGAUGGAGUACAUUAUCACCACACAUUUUAAAUGAGAGCAUGAUGCAACCAUUGCUGAAUACCACACAUGCUGCCCAGUUCCUAAGUUGGUUGCAUUUGUCUGCAAAAAUAGCCAACCUACUUAACAGCUUAGUGUUCCUGAAGCAAGGGCUGUACCCUACAGUUUUACACAGGGUUUUAAACCUUAGAACCAAACUGACUGAUCCAAACCAGCCAAGGUCUACAGACCUUUCUACUUUAACAAGGGAGUUACUGUGGCAUUCAUUUGCUGAAACGUUGAUGUUUGUAUUGCCCUUAGUUAAUGUCCAUCGAGUUAAAAGCUGGUUCUCGCGAGUGGUUAGGCUGAGAGAUGACACUCAGGCAAACAUGGAAGUGGGAAAGAAUUCACUGUGUGCUGUGUGCAACGAAGUGCCCAUUAUUCCUCAAGAAGCUGAAUGUCACCAUACAUUUUGCUACUACUGCUUGACGGCAAAUUUAGAAGCUAUACCUGAAUAUACUUGCCCCCUUUGUUCGUGCUUUAUCGGUAAGGGGCAGAAGGAUGUUUAGCAAGCGCAGUUCAAGAAAAACUAAUGGUUGCUGCAACUUAUUAUGCACGGAAAUGAAUGUGAUACAGAAAAACUGGGUUUACGAAAAUGAUAGGCAUUACCAAAAUUUAUUUUACUACGAUCACAUGGGCGGCAAACACUUCUAUUACGUUGCCUAUAUGUUUAAUUUUUUUUCAAAACGAAUACAACAAAUUAAGUACAAAAAUGUAAAAUGUUACGAGGAAUUUAUACACGUUAAGAUAGAAAACGAA